GCGAGACCAAAGCGCAGACUCCUCAUGAGCAAGGUGGUGGCUCUCAACUUGAUAGUGACUGUCUGCUUUGUGAGUCGCUUUUUAUGCUCAUUGGGAAAUGCUUUAGAUGCUAGGCGCUGCUAUCUUGGCCCACAACAUGUGUGUCAACUGCUUUUCGGUGCUCGAGAAUUCUCAGUCACUGGCACAAGGAAACCGCCUCCGGGUCAGCUUGAGCAGCGAGUCGGCGAACUCCUUCAGCGGUCUCGCAGUUCUGGCCGCAGUGCUGUACGUAACCAUAUUCUCCUCAACACUCAGCUGCAUCUCCGACGUGGUCUUCAUCUGCUUUCAAUGCACGGGGAACCAGAACUGUUUCAAGGUUUUCUUACUCUGGAAUGCCAUCGACAUCUUAAUCACCUUUGUGUGCGACAUCACGCUGUAUUACAUGGUACAGUCCGUGACCAACGAGGGUUACAAAGCCUUGCAUACUGUCGCCCAAACCGUUGAGGAGGAGAUUACUACUUCCACGUGGGACUAUAUACAAGCAACUCUUGUGGACAAAUUGCCGUCUGGUCGGGAAGAAGUCGAUCCGGAUGAAACCCCUACAGAAGUCAUCACAACGAGGAGCGAGUCUUACCCUAGGAAGGUCAUAGCAUUCGCAGAGACGCUGCGCCUGAAGCCGUCGCUGUCGUACAUCUUUCUUGCAGCACUGUUUAAGGUGAUGGUGCUUGCCAUGUUCCAGCAGAACACGGCGGACCACGACGAUUUGACCAGCAGCAGCUAUCCGCAGGACGUCAGCAGCACCUCCCUGUCGCACAUCGCCGUCUGGAAGGCAGUGUACGCACAGCACCGCUCGAGGCUUCGCACAAUCCGGGAGCGCACGCUCGAGAUGCAGUCCUCGAGCCCUGGCGAGGGAUCGCAGCUUGAGCUCUCGUACCCGGCCACUGGGGGCCGCUCAGGUCUUGCGACACCCGGAACCGAGUCCGACAGAGACGGCUCGGCGGGGUUUCCCAACCAGCCACAGAAUGACGUCGGGCCCUCGGCUAAGCCCGAAGACGUCCCCAACAAGAACGAGAACGCCAGAGCAUUACCAACAGGGACGCGCCAUCUUGGUGGCGUAGAUCUCUCGUCAAAUCUUGGAAACCGCCAGCCCAGCGGAGACGUGGACGCCAGUGUGUGGCAAUGGCCGCGACUAUUGCUGAAUGAAAGUCCGAGCACGUCUCGCUAGAGGUGUAGAGACUAUAGGCGUAAGCGCUCGCGAACCGCGCAUGUUAGUUAUCUCACGGUUAUUCAUGAACAAUCCUUUGGGUUAGAUAUACGCGGCCCCUGUUCGUUUACCUCCACAGUACGAGGCCCGAUUUGUUUUCCUGAUAAGGUUGGCUGGGUGCUACAAACAAUUGGGCUGAAGGAAUGCAAACGAGUGCAAGCGAAACUUUCUACUUCGGAAGCUCGCUCCGCGGCACUGUGCGUCGAAUAACCAUGCGUACAUUUUUUUAAAGCGUCCUCUUCGCCGCUCGAGAACACAGCGAAGUACCCGCCGUGAAUACAUUUACAAAUGCUCCGUUUUGGCCACCGACGUUAGCAAACGUUCUGAGUAGUAUUAUACCAAGUAACGCUAAUGGGAUGCUCAAGUGCAUUAAAUUUCGUCCUUGUCUCGUUUCUUUCCUUUCUUUCUUCUUUUGUUUGUUUCCUCUUUUGCAAAAAUGCAGUCAGGAAGAUUACACUGGAUUUUCGAUGGCGUGCUACAUGUUGUAUGUGCAGCGUUGUAUGUGUAGCGUUGCUAGCUGACAUCUCCACCAAACUGUUGGCCCACAACGUUUGCGAGGGUCAGUUGUACGCACUUUACCACAUUUGUUCUAUGUUCUAAUUGCGAACUUGUAAAGAACCCAAGUAUGGAAAGUGGGCUGGACAUUUCGUCGCGCAUGAAACCACUAGAAAUGGGUAUGAUGCUAUAGCUUCUCCGAGUGGCCGGCUACAUUGUGGUCCGGCUAGCACAGGAAUGAUUCGCAGUACAACUAAUCUAUCUGUAACAUCUUUGAGACGGCUAUAUGGCUCAAUACUUUACUAUUCUCGACCAUAAUUCUUCACGGAUAUUUUGUUAUAUCGCAACGACUAGUUAAGCAAAACUGUCGCGUGAGAACAAUUCUGUUCCUCUCAGAAAAGUACAGAAGAUCAAAAAUACGGUGCUCCAGGGCAGGGUUUAUUUCGGUUUUUACCAGGGCUUAGUGACGUUGCUUGUUGAAAAGAACUUGCGCUCCGGAGCCCCCAUUAUGAAAGUUUCAUGCUUCAGUUUCAUACAAAUUCCGUCCACUUUUCUAGUAAGCUUUCUUGAAGGGAACAUGUUUGAUAAUGUUGCGCUGAUGACCAAAGCUUCACGCUUCAGUUUUAUAUAAAUUCCGUUCACUUUCCUAGUAAGCUUUCUUGAAGGGAACAUGUUUGAUAAUGUUGCGUUGAUGAUGUUAUGUUG